UAAGAAAACUCAUAAAUUUGACAUGGUGUAGAGGCGAGACGGAGGCGCACGUUCAGGGGGGAGGGGGAUAAACGGCGCAUGAGGAACGGGAUUCUGCCGAACCGCUUUGAAGCGGCGUUUUUUUUUCGUUUUUUAAAACUAGUCUCAAAAUUAAAGCCCGCACUAAAAUGGAUCUUCUCAACAAAGCAUACGCAACUGCUUCCGACUCGGAUGAGGAUGGCAGUACUGGUAGGCAAGAUGGUGGUGGUGGAGUACUAGAGCAAUGGUGUCCAUUGCCGCCUCCUCCCAAACGCCUCAGAUCCGGAACAUUAUCGGCGAAUCAGAUGCAGAUGGCCGCGUCUCUCCUGCCGAGUCACCAUGCAGAAGCCCCCAUUCCUGGACGAUACAUAUCUAAGCGGCAAAGAGCAGCCGCCUUGGAACCUAAACCAACCGCCGGGAAUCAGAAUUAUGUAGCACCUUCACCAGUAAAGGGAAGCAUUUCUGUUUCCGAUGUACCACUUGCUAUUUUGACAACAUUGCAGCGUCGUACAAAGGCCAGCCAAAAUCCAGUGUCUCUUUCUGCUGCUCUAAAUGGGCACACGAGCUCUGUUAAUGCGGUGCAGUGGUCUACAGCUCAUGCUCAUCUUCUUGCAUCUGCGGGAAUGGAUCACACUGUGAGCAUAUGGAAUGUAUGGAGUGGAAGUCAGAAACGAGCAUGUACGUAUGACUAUCAUCAUGCAGCAGUGAAAGAUGUGAAAUGGUCUCAGCUGGGAUUAUCUGUGCUCUCUUGUGGUUAUGAUUGCACAUCCAGAUUGGUUGAUGUUGAAAAGGGAAUGGAGAUUAAGGUUUUUAAGGAGGAUCAAGUAGUAGAAGUUGUAAGAUUUUCUCCAAACAACUAUGACCUUUUCAUCUCUGGAGGAUCAAAAGGUCACCUCAAACUGUGGGAUAUUCGGACUGGCACAGUGGUCCAUGAAUAUGUCCGCAGUCUUGGACCAAUCCUUGAUGUAGAAUUCACUGUUGAUGGAAUGCACUUAAUAACCUCAAGUGAUGUGUCUAAAAGCAACAUUAGUGAAAAUUCAAUUAUAGUUUGGGAUGUUUCACGACAAGUUCCUUUAUCCAAUCAGGUUUAUGCGGAAGCUUACACAUGCCCCUCUAUCAGAUGCCACCCAUUUGAGCCAUAUUUUAUUGCCCAGUCCCAUGGAAACUACAUAGCGAUAUUCUCUUCCAGACCCCCAUUUAAACUUGACAAGUACAAGAGAUACGAAGGUCAUGGUGUCUGUGGUUUCCCUAUCAAGUGCAAUUUCAGUUUGGAUGGGAAUUUGGUGGCCUCUGGAUCCUCCGAUGGUUGUAUCUACUUUUAUAAUUCUAAAACAUCCAAACUUCUAAGCAAGGUUAAGGCAUAUGAGCAGGCAUGUAUAGAUGUUGUAUUCCAUCCUGUCUUGCCGAAUGUAGUUGCUAGCUGUAGCUGGAAAGGCGAGGUCUCAGUUCUCCACAAAGAUAGCAAUAACACUUGGAAAGUCUCACCAUGAAUUGCUUGAGCGUGUUGAAUCAGGUCCUACCUUCAGAAUAUUAUUGUGCCUUCUCGUUUAUAGUUUGUUAUAGUGUCUAAAUCUACACGUUGUUCGUUUUGUGCUUGUGUUUGUAGCAAUAUUUGCUAGCAAGGGUAAACUGGCUCUCUUUGAAUUUAUUUGGUUAGUUUGCAAUAUUUCAGAAACUGUUGAUGCUAAAAGAGAUGUUAAUAUUAUUGGCAUUGAUGAUGUGACUGAUCACUGGCCCAAACAUCAAAUUGCCUGAGAGAAACCAAUCAAAAAGAAGGCAUGACUUGAGUAAAAGCCUAGCCUGGGACAAUGCCUUCUUCAAUAGUGCAGGUAAUCUGUCAAUUUUCCUGCCUGUAAAUUCGAAUUGCGAUAGAAAUUCCCUUUUCUGGAAACAUAUAGAUAAUUUUCUUAACUCUGGGGCCCCAAUUAAAAAAAAUUGAAUUCUGUUCCAUUUGUCAAGAAUCUGAUGAUAUAUAUCUGGACAAAUCAGAGACUUAAGAUAUUAAGCAAAAGCAAGCAUGUAAACCCUCCAUGACUGAAUCAGAUGCUGAAAAUGCUUGUUUGUAGCGCUGAGAAAUUUAUCAUAUUUGGACCAUUGUGUAUCAGCAAUCGCUUAGUAAGAAGAAGAAGAAGAAGAAGGAGGAAGGCAGUUACUGCUGUUUGAAAGUGGUGAGGAUAAUUGAUUUAUUCUACCUUUGUUGUCACAUAAAGGUAGUUAUUAUCAUAUACAUUGAUUCAAACAAAUUGCAGAGCUAGCCACUGACCUGUUGUUUCAUUUUCAGGAUAUUAUUUAUAAAGAAGGGUAUAUCGUGUUUCAGAUGGCUGGUUCUCUUCCUGGUGUUCUGAGUCAUUGAUAUAAUGCUCGUGAUUGCAGGGAUUCAAAGAAUCAUUGUAAGUGUAGCUGCGUGUUUCUUGAUAUGCAUAUGGAAAUGGUAGGACUUGAGAGAGGAAAAUCUUAGGAAAUGUGUCUUGUCUCGUUAUUCAGUUGCCUUUAGCUUGUCCCAUCUCAUUUCAGUCUUGCAUAUUAGCUUGUCCCAACACUGUUUGAUAACAAAUAUUUGGUUUCAACAUAUCAGAAAAUGUCAAUCAUUUUCACUA